UGUACGAUGGACAGGUUCAAUCAGACCUCCCCUGUGGUGGGGUUCAUUCUCCUGGGACUCUCAGCCCAUCCAAGGCUGGAGAAAACAUUCUUUGUGCUCAUUCUACUGAUGUACCUGGUGAUCCUGCUGGGCAAUGGGGUCCUCAUCCUGGUGACCAUCCUUGACUCCCACCUGCACACGCCCAUGUACUUCUUCCUGGGGAACCUCUCCUUCCUGGACAUCUGCUACACAACCUCCUCUGUCCCUCUCAUUCUCGACAGCUUCCUGACCCCCAGGAAAACCAUCUCUUUCUCAGCCUGUUUUGGGCAGAUGUUUCUCUCCUUUGCCAUGGGAGCUACAGAGUGUGUGCUUCUGGGCAUGAUGGCAUUUGAUCGCUAUGUGGCCAUCUGUAACCCCCUGAGAUACUCUAUGGUCAUGAACAAGGCUAUAUACAUACCCAUGGCUGCUGGCUCCUGGGCAGCUGGUAUCACCAACUCUGUAGUUCAGACAUCCCAGGCUAUGAGGCUGCCCUUCUGUGGGGACAAUGUCAUCAAUCACUUCACCUGUGAGAUCCUGGCUGUCCUGAAGUUGGCCUGUGCUGACAUUUCUAUGAAUGUGAUCAGCAUGGUUGUGGCUAAUGUGAUUUUCCUGGGGGUCCCAGUUCUGUUCAUUUUUGUCUCCUAUGUAUUCAUCAUUGCUACCAUCCUGAGGAUCCCCUCAGCUGAGGGGAAGAAAAAGGCCUUCUCCACCUGCUCUGCCCACCUCACAGUUGUGGUCGUCUUCUAUGGAACCAUCCUCUUCAUGUAUGGGAAGCCCAAAUCCAAGGACCCCCUGGGGGAAGAUAAGCAGGACCUUUCAGAUAAGCUCACCUCCCUUUUCUAUGGGGUGGUGACCCCCAUGCUCAACCCCAUCAUCUACAGCCUAAGGAACAAGGAUGUGAAGGCUGCCGUGAAGAACCUGGUACAUCAAUAAUACCUGAUUGAGUGACUAUCAAAGAAUUCCAGACUGCCAGAAUGCAAGACCUCCAAACUCCUCAUUGUGUUCAUGGGAAAAUGGUAACCCAAAGUAGAGAAGGGAGUUUUGUAAGGUCCAUGUUGUAGACCAUGUGACUAAGGCUAAAAAGUAAACUGGUUCUCUAUCUACUC